CGAAUCUGAAUGCACGCUCUCGUCCGUACUCUUCCCUUUCCCCUCUCCAAAAACCCCAACCCUCGGAACCAAAUCGCAAGGUCGUUAAUGGCGAAGCUGGAGAGGAGGGAGCUUGGCAACACCGGCCUCAAGCUCAGCUGCGUCGGCUUCGGCGCGUCCCCGCUUGGCAACGUCUUCGGUCCCGUCUCCCGUGACGAGGCCCUCGCCACCGUGCGCCGUGCUCUCGAACUCGGCAUCAACUUCUUCGACACCUCUCCGUAUUAUGGGGGGACGGUGUCGGAGACUGUGCUCGGAGACUGCCUGAGGGAUCUCGGAGUGCCGCGGGAUGAGAUAGUUGUAUCUACGAAGUGCGGGCGCUACAAGGAUGGGUUUGAUUUUUCCGCGGAGAGGGUUACGAAGAGCAUUGAUGAGAGCUUGCAAAGAUUGAAGCUUGAUUAUGUGGAUAUUUUCCAGUGCCAUGACAUUGAGUUUGGGUCUCUUGAUCAGAUUGUGAAUGAGACAAUCCCUGCGCUUCAAAAGCUCAAAGAAACAGGGAAGAUUCGUUUCAUCGGGAUAACAGGGCUGCCGUUAGACAUUUUCACAUAUGUGCUUGAUAGGGUGCCGCCUGGUUCGGUGGAUGUGAUUCUUUCAUAUUGCCAUUAUAGCAUCAAUGAUUUAACACUUCUGGAUUUACUUCCUUACUUGAAGAGCAAGGGUGUUGGUGUAAUUAGCGCAUCUCCGCUUGCCAUGGGCCUUCUCACAGAAAACGGACCGCCUGAGUGGCAUCCGGCGUCAUCGGAACUCAAGUCAGCAUGCAAAGCUGCGGCAAACCACUGCAAGGAAAAAGGGAAGAACAUUUCAAAGCUAGCACUUCAGUAUAGCCUGAAGAACAAAGAAGUAGCAUCUGUGCUUGUAGGCAUGAACUCCGUCAAACAGGUUGAGGAGAAUGUUGGUGCUGCAUUGGAGCUGUUGAAUAUAGGCCAAGAUGAUGAUCUUUUGGAGGAGGUUGAAACCAUUUUAGCACCAGUGAAGAACCAGACAUGGCCAAGUGGUAUUCAACAAAGCUAGCAUUCAGUGUGCAACUUAUUGUGACACCUUCCAAUCUGUACUUGUGAUUGCUCUUUGUUUAACAACAUUACAUGGAUGUAAUAACCCGGGUCUCAUGCCUUAUUUAAGUAUUUAGGGUAAUGCAAAUAAAUUUCUUGCUUUGCUUUAUAAUCUUGCUUGUGAUGUAAUGAUUAAAGAGUCGAUGUAAUGACCGGGGCUCGACUUCAUCGGAAUGGUUUUGAGUUUGAAUCUUUAUGUAUUUAGUCUUUCCGCGUGAAAAAAAGGCUUGUAUGAAAAAAAAAUCUAUUUUAAUAUAAAGCUUUUAUUAUCA